AUAUAUAGACACAUACAAAUACGAUUCCAUACUAUCGCAAAAUAAAGAAGAUAGGAAGAUUUAUAGCGCACAGUGAAAACAUUUUUGGAAUUGACAGUUUUCUAUCAUUCAUCUUAUUUUUUUUUAAUUGUCAACAAAUAAAAAACUUAUUUAACAAUGAUAUCAAUUUAAGGAAAAUUUAUAUCUUCCGCAAUUUUAUAUACAAGAAACAAACACAUCCUUCAAAUGGAGCGUGUUUUGAAAGCUGUACCAGCGGAUUUAAGAGUAAAAAUGGAGGCACUUGUGCAUGAUUUAACUUUGGCAUUAGAAGAAAGCAACAAUAGUGCAAAUAUGAGACGCAGAUGGGGUAUUAGAAGAAGAGCCCGUUCCACGGGCAAUAUUCUUCCAGUCUACUUCUACAAGGCAGACAGAGGAUUGUUAUCAAGAUUGUGUUUAUAGAAACCAUAUUUCAUUACUCAAAGAAGUCAAAUUUUAUAAAUCUUUGAAAACAUCACUUCACAUGAAUAAACAAUCGGAUGACAGUUCAUCUUCCAUUUGUGAUAUCCAUAUUCCAAAAAAUAACACUGCCUCCAAAUAUCAGUCUGAUAGUGAUGAUACCAACCAAACAAAAAGAUUUGCACGAUUUUCUAAUUCAAACAAUGCUAGCAACAUUGAAAGUGAUUCAGUUAAUGAAAAUUUUGUACCUAGAAUAAAUCCACGACGUAAACGAAAAUUUAAAAGAAUGGCUAUUGAUUCUGAUUCUAAUCCAUCAACUUCUCAGACUGUUGCACUGUCAGCAACACUUGCAAAUAAAAAAAGAAUUUUACGAAGUGAUUGUAAAAAUAGAUAUGGAACAAUAUGGUGUGGAAAACGUAAGAGGUCUUGUAGAGAACGAUCAACAGAUUGUGAUAUGAGAUCAUUAAAACCAAAUAGAAAUACAAAAUCAAAAAAUCGUAUCAAGAUACAAACUGAAGAUGGUAUUGAUUGUUCAAGAAUAUCCAGUUCAAGUAUUUCAUCUAGUGACUCAGAAACUGGUCUUAUGACAAAUGAUGAAGAUCGAGAAGGAGAUGAUGAGCAAUCAGAUUGGAUUGGAGAACCAAGUUGGUGGGAUGAUGGCGAAAGUACUAAUGAAGAUAAAGUUAAUACUGAUUCAUCAUUUCAAAUGAUGAUACAUGGAAAUUUUGAACAUACAACAGUUGAAACAAGAAAAAGUUAUAGAAAAAGAAUUCAAAGAAUUCGAGAAGGUCUCAGUGGAAGAGAAAUCCGCGCUGGUCGUCGACAUGUUGAUAAUAAACCUGGAUAUUCAAUUAUUACAUCAGCAAAUGAAAAAGUUUCUAGAUUCUUACAAGAUCCUACUCAAAAUGAACUUAGAUUACAUCCUAUGCGACAAGCUGAAAGAGAAAAACUUCGCAGGCUUGCAAAUUUAUAUAGUUUAAGUUUAAAAGGAGAUUUAGGUUGUCCGAUUUUAUAUAAAACUCGACAUACUACACAAGCUAUUUGUGUAGAUCAAGUAUCAUUUAAUCGAUUUUCUGGUUAUAAAAGGCUAAGAAGAACUCCACCAAAUUCACCUAACUCAGAAUUAAUAAUGCAUAAUCAGGAACAUCAAAUUUCUAAUACAGGUUUUGGUUCACAAAUUAUAAAUCCUAUAUCAAAUUUAGAUUCAUUGCAAACAUUACCACAAUUUUCUCAUUUUAAAUGGGAUUCAAAUAGCAUGGAUAUUGAAAUUCAUGGAAAACCAAAAUUACAUGAUUUUGAUCAUUCAAAAUCAAGUUAAAUUAAACAGUUGUUUGUUAAUUUGUUUUUUGAAAUAAAUUAUUUGUGUAUAUUCAUAUGGUAUA